GUAGUCGCUGUAAGUACAUGGCAAAUUCCUGCAGACAGUGAGGAUGAAGAGCUCUUUAUCAGUAGAUUAAAGCCAUUUAAUUGAUUAUUUUGAUUGUGCUAGUCGUUCUACCUUAAAGCGAUGACUUCAAAGGACCCGAGUGCAUCAAAUAGUGCCUUGCUUUAUUUGAUUUAUCAGCAUUUAAAGGAGAAUGGUUACCAGAAGGCUGCAAACGUGCUGAAAAAACAUGUAACUCAGAUUGAAGCACCAGAAGAGAUCACCUCUUUACAUGACAUCUACACAAGUUGGACCAAGGUCUCGGAAAUUGGACAAAAUCCAAAACAAGAGCCUGAAGUGGAUUCCACCACCCUGAAGAAGAUUAAGGCCGAUCCAUCAACCAAAGAAGAAGAUGUGGACUCAAAACCAAUUGAUUCUCUACCUCCUGCCCCCCACACACCCCAGGGUGCAACCCCAGAGAAUGAGGAGCCGGUCCCACAGGAUGAGUUGUCAUCUACUCCAGUCAGUAACGGGACAGUGGAAACAUCAGCCCCUGUACCAGCGGUCACCCCUUUAAAACCAGCAGUGAGCUCAGACAGUGACUCUGAGAGCAAGGAGGAGAUUCCCCUCACACAGGGAGAUACUGUCACCCCAAAGGCCUCUUCAGCUGUCCCUACCACCACGCCCUCAAAACAUGUAGACGGGAACAGCGAAUCAGACAGUGAGAAUGAGAUUCAUCCAUCACAGACUGUUGUCAUUCCCAGUAAGGCCUCAGCUCCCAGUAAGGCCUCAGCUCCCAGUAAAACUCCAGCCAUCCCCACAGCUCCCAGUAAAGCAGAGAGUUCAGACAGUGAAGAGGAGGUUACUGUCAAGAAACUAGCAUCUACGGCUGCUCUUAUGAAACCAGCCAAGGCGAUCCCAGCAGCCCCAGUGAAGCCCAGUGUAGUCACCCCCAGUCAGGCUACAGCUGCUCCCAAGACUCCUGCUGCAGGGAAGAAAACACAGAGCUCUGACAGCGACAGCUCUGACUCAGACAGUGAGGAGGAGGCUCCUGUAAAGAAACCUGUGGCGACACCCAAAGCCAAGCCUGUGGCUGCAACUCUGGUCAAGGCAGAAGCAGUGAAAUCCACCCCUAUUAAAAAACCAACAAACAGCUCAGACAGUGACAGUGAUGACACUGAGGAGGAGGCUCCUGUAAAGAAUCCUGCACUGACACCCAAAGCUGCUCCUGUGAAACCAGCCAAGGCGAUCCCAGCAGCCCCAGUGAAGCCCAGUGUAGUCACCCCCAGUCAGGCUAAAGCUGCUGCCAAGACUCCUGCUGCAGAGAAGAAAGCGCAGAGCUCUGACAGCGACAGCUCCGACUCAGACAGUGAAGAUGAGUUAACUGUAAAGAAAUCAACACAGACCCUGAAAGCUGCUCCUGUGAAACCAGCCAAGGCGAUCCCAACAGCCCCAGUGAAGCCCAGUGUAGUCACCCCCAGUCAGGCUACAGCUGCUCCCAAGACUCCUGCUGCAGAGAAGAAAGCACAGAGCUCUGACAGCGACAGCUCUGACUCAGACAGUGAAGAUGAGUUAACUGUAAAGAAAUCAACACAGACCCUGAAAGCUGCUCCUGUGAAACCAGCCAAGGCGAUCCCAGCAGCCCCAGUGAAGCCCAGUGUAGUCACCCCCAGUCAGGCUACAGCUGCUCCCAAGACUCCUGCUGCAGGGAAGAAAACACAGAGCUCUGACAGCGACAGCUCUGACUCAGACAGUGAAGAUGAGUUAACUGUAAAGAAAUCAACACAGACCCUGAAAGCUGCUCCUGUGAAACCAGCCAAGGCGAUCCCAGCAGCCCCAGUGAAGCCCAGUGUAGUCACCCCCAGUCAGGCUACAGCUGCUCCCAAGACUCCUGCUGCAGAGAAGAAAACACAGAGCUCUGACAGCGACAGCUCCGACUCAGACAGUGAGGAGGAGGCUCCUAAGACUCCUGCUACAGUCAUAGAGGCAGCUCCCAGUAAGGCCUCAGCUCCCAGUAAGACUCCAGCCACCCCUACAGCUCCCAGUAAAGCAGAGACCUCAGAAAGUGACACCUCAGACAGUGAAGAGGAGGUUACUGUCAAGAAAUCAACACAGACCCUGAAAGCUGCUCCUGUGAAACCAGCCAAGGCGAGCCCAGCAGCCCCAGUGAAACCCAGUGUAGUCACCCCCAGUCAGGCUACAGCUGCUCCCAAGACUCCUGCUGCAGAGAAGAAAACACAGAGCUCUGACAGCGACAGCUCUGACUCAGACAGUGAGGAGGAGGCUCCUGUAAAGAAAACCACCCCAGUCUCAGCCCCAAGCAAGGCCAAAGCCUCUCCUAAGACCCCAGCAGCAGCUGCUAAGAUGGAGACUGACAGCUCAGAUUCCUCUGACAGUGAGGAUGAGGCCCCUGCCAAGCCCACUCCCAGCCCGGCUAAAACCACACCCAAGGCCCCUGCUGCAGCUAAGAAGGCCGACAGCUCGGACAGUGAUGAGUCUGACACUGAGGAGGGCAAGCCAGCUAAAAAGGUCACUGCUACCUUCGUAGCCAAACCUUCAACUCCAGUACAGGAGGAGGACAAAGAUUCCUCAGCCAGUGAGGAUGAAGAAACACCAUCGAAACCAGAAUCCACACCAUCUGAGAAAUCUGUCACGCAAACCCAGGCAACGCCUCCUGCUGGCAAGGAGGGAGGUACAGAGGAACACAGUCCAGCAGAGGUAUGUACGGUAUGGACGAUGUAGGGAUGUCAUGGAACACAGUCCAGCAGAGGUAUGUACGGUACGGGAGAUGUAGGCAUGUCAUGGAACACAGUCCAGCAGAGGUAUGUACGGUAUGGACGAUGUAGGGAUGUCAUGGAACACAGUCCAGCAGAGGUAUGUACGGUACGGGAGAUGUAGGCAUGUCAUGGAACACAGUCCAGCAGAGGUAUGUACGGUAUGGACGAUGUAGGCAUGUCAUGGAACACAGUCCAGCAGAGGUAUGUACGGUAUGGACGAUGUAGGCAUGUCAUGGAACACAGUCCAGCAGAGGUAUGUACGGUAUGGACGAUGUAGGCAUGUCAUGGAACACAGUCCAGCAGAGGUAUGUACGGUAUGGACGAUGUAGGCAUGUCAUGGAACACAGUCCAGCAGAGGUAUGUACGGUAUGGACGAUGUAGGCAUGUCAUGGAACACAGUCCAGCAGAGGUAUGUACGGUAUGGACGAUGUAGGCGUGUCAUGGAACACAGUCCAGCAGGGGUAUGUACGGUAUGGACGAUGUAGGGAUGUCAUGGAACACAGUCCAGCAGGUAUGUACGGUAUGGACGAUGUAGGGAUGUCAUGGAACACAGUCCAGCAGGUAUGUACGGUAUGGACGAUGUAGGGAUGUCAUGGAACACAGUCCAGCAGGUAUGUACGGUAUGGACGAUGUAGGGAUGUCAUGGAACACAGCCCCAACAGGUAUGUACGGUACGGGAGAGAUGUAGGGAUGUCAUGGAACAUAGUCCAACAGGUAUGUACGGUACGGGAGAUGUACGGAUGUCAUGGAACACAGUCCAACAGGUAUGUACGGUACGGGAGAUGUAGGGAUGUCAUGGAACACAGUCCAACAGGUAUGUACGGUACGGGAGAUGUACGGAUGUCAUGGAACACAGUCCAACAGGUAUGUACGGUACGGGAGAUGUAGGGAUGUCAUGGAACACAGUCCAACAGGUAUGUACGGUACGGGAGAUGUAUGGAUGUCAUGGAACACAGUCCAACAGGUAUGUACGGUACGGGAGAUGUAGGGAUGUCAUGGAACACAGUCCAACAGAGGUAUGUACGGUACGGGAGAUGUAGGGAUGUCAUGGAACACAGUCCAACAGGUAUGUACUGUACGGGAGAUGUAGGGAUGUCAUGGAACACAGUCCAACAGGUAUGUACGGUACGGGAGAUGUAUGGAUGUCAUGGAACACAGUCCAACAGGUAUGUACGGUACGGGAGAUGUACGGAUGUCAUGGAACACAGUCCAACAUGUAUGUACGGUACGGGAGAUGUACGGAUGUCAUGGAACACAGUCCAACAGGUAUGUACUGUAUGGGAGAUGUAGGGAUGUCAUGGAACACAGUCCAACAGGUAUGUACGGUACGGGAGAUGUACGGAUGUCAUGGAACACAGUCCAACAUGUAUGUACGGUUCGGGAGAUGUACGGAUGUCAUGGAACACAGUCCAACAGGUAUGUACGGUACGGGAGAUGUAGGGAUGUCAUGGAACACAGUCCAACAGGUAUGUACGGUACGGGAGAUGUAUGGAUGUCAUGGAACACAGUCCAACAGGUAUGUACGGUACGGGAGAUGUAGGGAUGUCAUGGAACACAGUCCAACAGGUAUGUACGGUACGGGAGAUGUAGGGAUGUCAUGGAACACAGUCCAACAGAGGUAUGUACGGUACGGGAGAUGUAGGGAUGUCAUGGAACACAGUCCAACAGGUAUGUACGGUACGGGAGAUGUACGGAUGUCAUGGAACACAGUCCCAACAGGUAUGUACUGUAUGGGAGAUGUAGGGAUGUCAUGGAACACAGUCCAACAGGUAUGUACGGUACGGGAGAUGUAGGGAUGUCAUGGAACACAGUCCAACAGGUAUGUACGGUACGGGAGAUGUAGGGAUGUCAUGGAACACAGUCCAACAGGUAUGUACGGUACGGGAGAUGUACGGAUGUCAUGGAACACAGUCCAACAGGUAUGUACGGUACGGGAGAUGUAGGGAUGUCAUGGAACACAGUCCAACAGGUAUGUACGGUACGGGAGAUGUAGGGAUGUCAUGGAACACAGUCCAACAGGUAUGUACGGUACGGGAGAUGUAGGGAUGUCAUGGAACACAGUCCAACAGGUAUGUACGGUACGGGAGAUGUAGGGAUGUCAUGGAACACAGUCCAACAGGUAUGUACUGUAAGGGAGAUGUAGGGAUGUCAUGGAACACAGUCCAACAGGUAUGUACGGUACGGGAGAUGUAUGGAUGUCAUGGAACACAGUCCAACAGGUAUGUACGGUACGGGAGAUGUAGGGAUGUCAUGGAACACAGUCCAACAGGUAUGUACGGUACGGGAGAUGUAGGGAUGUCAUGGAACACAGUCCAACAGAGGUAUGUACGGUACGGGAGAUGUAGGGAUGUCAUGGAACACAGUCCAACAGGUAUGUACGGUACGGGAGAUGUACGGAUGUCAUGGAACACAGUCCCAACAGGUAUGUACUGUACGGGAGAUGUAGGGAUGUCAUGGAACACAGUCCAACAGGUAUGUAUGGUACGGGAGAUGUAGGGAUGUCAUGGAACACAGUCCAACAGGUAUGUACGGUACGGGAGAUGUACGGAUGUCAUGGAACACAGUCCAACAGGUAUGUACGGUACGGGAGAUGUAGGGAUGUCAUGGAACACAGUCCAACAGGUAUGUACGGUACGGGAGAUGUACGGAUGUCAUGGAACACAGUCCAACAGGUAUGUACGGUACGGGAGAUGUACGGAUGUCAUUGACAUUCUUUCUGGACUGCUAAUUGUUUGUUUUUCCACCAACACCAUAUUGGUUCCUUAUUCAUAUUGCACUUCAUGCCCUGACAGAAGGUUGAAGCUGUUCCAGUCAUACCUACAACUGAAACAGCUGAGGAAAACAGCAGUGAGGAUCCAACCGAUAUUGAAGGAUCUCCUCCUGAAGUCCCUGAGGUGGACACACCCCCUGCCUCUGGGCCAGAGAGUGCAAAGGAGGAGGAAGUCCCAGAGAGUCCCCAGAAGGUCCUAAAGACAGACAUUUCUUCAGAGAAGCCCAAGACAGAGGAUCAGAUAGUGACCUCUACAACAUCAGAGGACAAGAGUGACACCCCUGAACUCCCAUCAGAAGCCCCUGCUACGGCUGCUGAGAUCAGAACUACUUUAGAAGAGGAGUCAAAGGAGUGUGUUGACCCAGUUAUCACCAAUUCAGCAUCUGAAGACUCGGAGCCUGAAAAAGUGACCAUUGAGACAAUUGUUGAGACAAUCCCCACAGAGACAGAGGAGCCAAACACUGAUACCCCAACACCUGGAUCAAAGAGGAAGAGGAGUAGUAAAGAGACAACGGACGCAACUCCCAAGAAGAAGAAGAUGA